CGUGGGUAGAAUUUGCUGCGGUUGUCGGAUUCCUCCGGUUUUUACGGAUAAAAUUCGUGUAGACGGACCAGAGUCCGCGAAUUUUAUCAUCUUUUCCAGCCUCGGUGUAAUUUCCUUGUUCCAAAGUUCGCUCUACAGUUGAAGUUUUUGCUUCAUAGUAGAGGAAACCAACAGUUCCGUGCAAUAAACCAACUCUACACUGGGCGUUUCCUCGUUGGGCCUACUUUGGGGUGAUUUACAUUACGAUCUCAACCGUAAAUCGUAUUAAUUUAGCUACCAUGACGGAACGUCAUACGUUCGGUGGGACGGUCAACCCAAUUACUUGCCAUGCUUGGAACAAGGAUCGUUCCCAAAUUGCUAUCUCGCCCAACAAUAAUGAGGUGCAUAUCUAUAAGCGCGAAGGUUCCGAAUGGAAGCUGACCGAUGUGCUGAAUCAGCACGAUCUGCGCGUAAUGGGCAUCGAUUGGGCGCCCAACACCAACCGCAUCGUAACCUGUGCCGUCGAUCGGAAUGCCUACGUGUGGACGCAGGGUGAUGAUCGCAAGUGGAAACCAACCUUAGUAUUGCUGCGUAUUAACCGAGCGGCCACCUGCGUUCGCUGGUCACCAUUGGAGAAUAAGUUUGCCGUCGGUUCGGGUGCCCGAUUGAUCUCGGUUUGCUACUUCGAGUCGGAGAACGAUUGGUGGGUUUCGAAGCACAUUAAAAAACCGAUCCGCUCAACGGUUACGUCGCUCGAUUGGCAUCCGAACAAUAUGCUUCUGGUGGCUGGUUCCACCGACUACAAGGUGCGUGUAUUUUCCGCCUUCAUCAAGGACAUCGAGCAGCAUCCGGAACCAACGGCCUGGGGACCGAAGAAACCGCUCGGGCAGAUACUGGCAGAGUUUAAGAACUCGACCAGUGGUGGCGGCUGGGUGCACAGCGUAAGCUUCUCGGCCGAUGGCAAUCGGAUAUGUUGGGUGGGUCACGAUAGCGCGAUAAACAUCGGUAUGGCGAAUGGGGGAAAUGUUGGCAUCAAGCAGAAAACGGAGUACUUACCGUUUUUGUGCUGUGAGUGGAUCUCGCCCCAUUCCAUUUUGGUUGCGGGGCAUAGCUGCGUGCCGUUGAUUUACACGGUUGCCGAUGGUGGUAAGAUCGUGCUGGCCGCCAAACUCGAUCAAUCAACGAAGAAAGAACAGAGUGGCAUUUCGGCAAUGCGCAUCUUUCAGUCAUUGGACCGCAAUCUGCGUACGGAAAACUCCGAUACCAACUUGGAAUCGAUUCACCAGAAUGCGAUUGCGAGCGUUUGCGUUUACAGUGGUGAGAAGGGCAAUGUGCAGCGUGUCAGUACGUCCGGACUGGAUGGUCAACUGGUUAUCUGGGACAUCGAUACACUUACACGGUCCAUGCAGGGAUUGAAGCUUUAAAUACGGACGCAUCGAGACGCGGUGACACGCCUGGGAAAAGUAUGUUCUCUUCUCUCUUAGAAUCAUUUAAUGCAUUUUUAAAUGUGCAUCUUAACUGUUCUUUUUUCCUGAACGAGAAGCGUUAGAAAUAAAUACUUCAUUCCAGAUAUA